UAAAUUGCCAAUGUAUUUUGUUCACAUUGAUGUAGUAUUAUGAUCGUUCCAGUCAAUGAUUUAGCUAAUCCGAUGCGUUAUCUACUUCAGCCAAUUCGAGUUCACUUAAAGUCAUUAUUCACGUUUAUCUCUGACAAUAUACGAACGAUCAUCAACGGUGCAGUGAAACUGUUGGGUGCAGUACAAUUGUUGAGAGUUUGCGAUAUGCCAAAGAAAAUUAAGAUUGUGAUCGUUGGCGCGGGUGCAGCUGGCAUUGCAGCUGCCUCGAGGCUGAUGCAGAAAAAUGUGGACGAUUUUAUAAUACUGGAAGCCAACGAUAGGAUUGGUGGUAGAAUAUAUACUACAAAUUUCGGUGACAAUGUAGUGGAUCUCGGAGCUCAGUGGGUCCAUGGACAGACUGGAAACAUAGUAUUUCAGCUUGCCUCCAAACACGAUUUGCUGGAUUCGAAUGCAGGCUUACUUGAUCCCAGCAAACAUGAAUUUAUUACCAUUAAUGGUGAAAUAAUGCCCGAAAAGGAAAGUAGCGAAGCUCUGAUGAUUUAUCACAAUAUAGUAAAACAAGCAGAACUUAACAAGGAAAAAGGAUCUUAUGGAGAUUAUUUUAUAAGAGAAUAUUACAAAAUUUUUGAUGAGAAACCUUUUAUGAGUCGUGCUCGAGUUCCUGAAUAUUUAUCUUGGAUAGAAAAGAUGGAAAAUUCUAUACAAUGCAGCGAUACGUGGUUUGACGUUUCCGCAAAACGUUUGGCAGGAUAUUGGGAGUGCGAAGGCGAUCUUACAUUAAAUUGGAAGGAUCGUGGUUAUAAAACAAUUUUUGAUUUAUUAUUGCAAAAAAUUCCAAAUGCAGAGGAAUGCUUGCCAGUGAUGGAAAGAAUAGAAUUUGGAAAAGUCGUAUCAACUAUAAAUUAUAGCUCAGACAAAAAUGUUACAGUGAUCACUAGAGAUGGAUGCGAAUAUUCUGCAUUGCAUGUUAUAUUCACUGGAUCUCUAGGUGUUCUAAAAGAGAAACAUUCUACGAUGUUUAUACCAUCUUUGUCACAAAAGAAACAACGUGCGAUAGAGGGAUUAAAUCUCGGAACAGCGAAUAAGAUUUUCCUCGAAUUUCCGCACAGAUGGUGGCCGGAUAAAGCCAGUUUUAAUUUUAUCUGGUCAGAAACAGAUAAGGAGGAAUUCUUGCAAAACUAUGGUCAAAAUAGCGAGUGGCUCUGCGAUGUAUUCUCGAUUUUUGAUGUAGCUUAUCAACCGAAUGUUUUAUGCGCUUGGAUGGCAGGAAAAAAUGCGAGAUACAUGGAAACCUUGUCGGACAUUGAUGUAUUCGACGGAUUGUAUCUAUUGUUAACAAAAUCAUUCGGAAAAUAUUAUAAUGUUGUAAAGCCAAAAAGAAUAUUAAGAUCCAAGUGGUACACUAAUGAGCAUUUUCGAGGCUCGUAUAGUUUUCAAAGCAUGGUAUCCGAGCAAAUGGAUGUAGAACCAAAAGAUUUGGCCGAGCCGAUCAUGAAUGGAAAUAAACCUAUAAUUCUUUUCGCUGGAGAAGCUACGCAUGAUCAUUAUUAUUCCACUGUGCAUGGCGCUGUGGAAACAGGUUUCCGUGAAGCGGAUAGACUAAUCGCCUUUGAAAGAACGUGGAAUCGCUUAGAUCGACUGAUUAACAACUUCGACGAAACAUUGCGGAUAGAGAUUGACGCGAGUGCGAGAGGAACAGAAAGGACAAAAGUUGUGAUAAUAGGUGCAGGAAUUGCAGGAUUAGCGGCGGCGAAAACAUUAGAAGAUGCGGGAUUCACGGAUUAUCUUCUUCUCGAAGCUCAAGACAUAAUUGGAGGAAGAAUUCAUUCCAUCCCAUGGAACGAUGGCUGGAUAGAUUGCGGGGCACAAUUCUUGCAUGGUGAUAAGAGCAGGUUAGCGCAAUAUUGUUUCAACAAUGAUUUAUUGUCGAAUAUUCAAGGCACGGACGGUGAGGGAAUUUUCUUGCGCGACGAUGGAACGAUAAUGAGCGAAAACUUGGUUCGCGAAGUCGACGAUCUCGUGCGAACUGUUUCGGAUGAUGUUUGUGAGUCUCGGAGGUCUUUAAAGGAGCAAGAGAGUAUCGGUUCUGUCAUGAGAAAUAGUUUUGAGAAUUAUUUACGUGAGGGAGGCGAUUCUUUAAUGGAGAGGAGGAUGAAGGAGGAAAUUUUCGAUUGGAACGUGCGGUUUCUUCUAGUAGACAAUUGUUGCCACUCUUUGGAUGAUUUAUCGGCGGUCCUGUGGGGAAAAUUUAAGUAUGUUGGUGGACCGGAACAUUUGCUCUUCAAAUCCGGUUAUAGUUCCUUGACAAAUCUUCUCGUUGGCAAUCUGAACGAGCAAAAAGUGCGUUUAGCUAUGCCCGUGGAGACUAUUUACUGGCGGGAUUCUGUCGAUUCUGAAAAGGAUUCUCCGAUCAUCGUGACAACUUCCGAGGGAACGCGAAUCCUAACUGAUGCGGUCAUAGUCACUUGUUCGCUCGGCUAUUUGAAGGAAAAUCAUCGAAAGAUGUUCCAACCAUUGUUACCGAACUAUCUGAGCGUCGCUAUCGAGGAUCUUGGUUUUGGAACGAUUAAUAAAAUUUUUCUGGACUUUGGCGAGCCCUGGUGGCAAAGUGACGUGAAUGGUUUCCAAUUGCUUUGGCGCAGAGACGCCGAUCGCCAAUCCUUACCGGAAUGGACCAGAGACCUCACGGGAUUCGACGUUCUGCCGACUCAUCCGGCCACUCUCAUAGUGUGGGUCGGCGGGCAAGGAGCACGUAUCAUUGAAAAUUUAUCGGAACAGACAAUCGCGCAAGAUUGUGUGAAUCUCUUAACGCGUUAUUUGCAAUAUCGCGAUAUUCCGCCAGUGAAGAAAUGCGUUCGAACCAAAUGGAAUGGGAAUAAAUAUGUAAGAGGUGGUUAUAGUCACAUCACAAAAAGCUGCGAGAAGGAUAAUGUCUCGCCUAAAACGUUAGCCCAACCAGUCUGGACGACAAUAUCGCAGAAUGACGCGAAGAGAAAGCAGAAUUUACCAAUUAUAUUGUUCGCUGGUGAAGCCACACAUGACGAGUUCUAUUCGACGACGCAUGGAGCUUAUGAGACAGGAAUUCAUCAAGCUGAAGUAUUCUUGAAGCAUCACGCGAACAUCAAGUAAUUCAAAGAAUUCAAAAGUUUAUCUCAGCGAGAAUAUCGCAGCUAAUCCUUUCCUCCA